AUGUAUAAUGUAUCGUCGUCAAACUAUUUUAUCACGUGUGGUUUUGCAGAGUGGCGAUUGGGACUGGUCAUAUGCAAACUCGUGCCGUACUUUCAAGGGGUGUCCGUGAACGCUUCGAUAAACACGUUGAUGGCCAUAUCCGUGGAAAGAUGCUUGUCCAUUUGCUACCCCAUGAGUCCGGUGGGUAAAGGCGUCUGUAAGCGGGUCGUGGUCAUCAUAUGGAUUAUUUCACUCACCAUAACCAUGCCGUGGGCAAUAUACUUCGACCUUCAGCCCAUGGAGGAAGGCAGCGACAAUCAGAUUUGCCUGGAGUCAUGGCCGACCGUGGAGAGUGGCAACCUGUACUUCGUGCUGGCCAACCUGUUGCUGUGCUACGUGCUGCCACUGACGGUGAUCGCCGUGUGCUACAUGUUCAUCUGGCAGAAGGUGAGCCGCCGCAAGGUGCCCGGCGAGCCGAUGCACAACGGCGCCAACAUGGUGCAGCGGUCCAAGAUGAAGGUGAUCACCAUGAUCAUGUACGUGGUGGUGCUGUUCGCGGUAUCGUGGCUGCCACUUUACGUGGCGUUCUCGCUGAUCAAGUUCUGGCCACUUCCGCCGGCCGUCGAGAGCUACACGGUCGCCUCUCUGCCGGUCGCGCAGUGGCUGGGCGCCGCCAACUCGUCCAUCAACCCGCUGCUGUACGCCAUCUUCAACCACCGGUUCCGAGACGGUUACCGGGCCUUGUUGUCCGGCAAGAUUUGCCAAGCAUUCGACUACAGCAACUCGGUGAGGUACUUGCGCGGCGGCCGGGCCGGCACCGUGGCCGCGGCCGCGUUCAAGCGGACCAACAACAACAACAACGACAACGGCCGCUGCGACCGCAACCGCAAAACCAUCGGCGCCAUAUACGUGCACGCCGCGCGGUCUCAGCUUCAGCAGCACGCGGCUCAGCAGCGGCGACCUGUCCAGCAGCGACCUGUUCAGCAGCGUCCCUCGACACAGCAGCUGUAUCCACCCACCAACCGACUCGUCAAGUCGUCGUCGGUCAGGGAGACACACGUUGCCGAAGGGUCGGCUGGUUCCGUGGUGCAGUUCUGUUCGACAAAAUGCGAAAACUCGUUCGUGUGA